AUGGUAAUUGCGGCACUUGUUUUGGUGCAAGCCGGAGAUCGCAACACCGUAUAUGAUCCAUGCAAGGAUGCUGAUCCUGUCCAGAAGGGCGAUGGGUUUUCCUUUGCCAUUGGCUUCGGUGGAAUAUCAGCGACAUGGAAUAAAUCGUCUCCAUGCUUUGCCGAGACUCUGCAGAUAUUACCUCCAGGCGUGGAAGUGGCCGUUUUCCGACCUAAAGUUGACGAGCUUUCUCUACUGAGAAUUAACAACGUUAGCAUGGCAAGAAUCAACACCACUUUCGUCAACAGCUCUUUGAUUGUGUAUUCUGGAGCUAAGGGAAUCGUAUCUUCUCCUCGACAAUUCUUAUCCCCUCUGGGACGGCUUCCUUCCCUAAUUCUUAUCAUCAAUUUCAAAGAAGGGGUUCUUGAUUCCUUUGUUUGGAAGGACAUGGGUUGCUCAGAGUCAACAUGCCAGCCUGUGAGCCCGCUGUGUGUGGACAACAGCAAUUGCCUUGUUACAGAAGACCAGUGCAGUAGCAUGAAAACUAGUUCUGAUCCUGAACCUUGCCGCCUUGCAAUCAACGUGGCAUUUUCCGGAACUGAUAAGGAUAAGAAGCCAUUACAAUCAUGGUACGAGGUUCAAGACCUUCAGGCAUACUCCUUGACAGCUUUAUACGAUUCAGCAAAGAACGACUUCCAAGAUGCCUGCACACAUUAUCUCCAGAUGUCAUUUCCCGACUCUCUUCGGAAGAAUGUCUCGAAUUGGACGACCACGGUGGCUGCUGGCAUUCCAGACAAUUUCCAGAAAGCCGUCAUCAGUUUCACGUUACCCGAUGUUUCUGCGAUAAAAUGGCCGUUUGAGCUCUCUGAGAAAGAUGCAGCAACAGCCGCUACUGCAAAAACGCCUGAACCUUCCCGUACUGGAGCCCGAUGGACGGGCCUGUUUCCGACCAGAAGUAGCAACGGAAACGGCGGCAGCAUCUGGAAUCGAGGAACUGGUUCUGAUGGUACUGGCAAAAUCGACAGCCCUAGGGGUCGUGCAGGUGGUAGCAGCAAUGGCGGGGACGGACAGAGGAGCGCCUGGGAGGACAAUAUGCGACAGCAACUGGCUGUUUGGCGCGCCGAUCCCGAGUGGGAAGACGAGCAGCCGAAACUCGAGGUUUCGGUUCCGAAGGGCUCCUUCUGCCGAAUGGACGCACAGUUCCAGCUUGCCCUGCCCCCGGACCUCGUUUAUAGCACACUCUGCGACCCCAGCAAUCGGAGAGUCUUCAAGAAUAUCACGGAUGUGAGCUACCGCAAGGUGCUGUACGACGAUGGUGAUGUGCAGGAGGUGGAGCUGCAGCAGGGAGCCCGUUGGCGCUUCCUCUUCCUCUCGGGAACCUUCGAUGUGCGCCUGAGAGUCAAGCAGGACCGGCCCAACCUCAAGAUGUCGUUUAAACUUAUAAGGCCCGGAUUCAUGAAGCAGUUUGAGGGCUACUGGCAACUAGAGCCUCUGGUUAACCCAAUGCGGGUGGCCACAAGCGUUCAGCUUUGUCAGGUAGUGCAGCCCACACUCACCCCGCCGCCCAUUUUGUCGCACUACUUGAGAGGGAUCAGCACACAGAUCACUCGGGAUAUGCUCAAGGAUUUUCAGACUGAGGCCGCCCGGAUAAGAUAUGAUCUUCCAGUCGAUGCUGAUGUGGAAAAGGAGCUGGAGAAGAUACGGAGUGAGAGUGGCAGAGAUGAGAAGGAAGGGAAUGGCGGCCAGAGGAAGAGUGAGGGUGAGCAGAGAGAGGGAAGGGUUCGAUGGAGGGAUGAGGUGAAGAAAGGGACCAUUAGUGGCAUGGCGGCCACUUUGUCUGCACGCGCGUCGUCGUCUGCUUGCACUCUAGCUCGUGCGGGAGCUAGUUCAGAAUCCCCAUUUCUGAACUCCUCCGCUACACUCGUGCCGUUCAAUGGCCUGAAAAAUUCCUCCCUCGUGCUUUCUAAGAAGGCCUUAGCCCGGCAAUUGAAGCAACGAGCAGUUGUGUCUACCGGCGUGCGAGUGGUUGCAGAGGCUGCAGACUCAACUGUCGUCACCCCAAAGAAAGAAGGGGAUUUCCGGCAUGAGGCUCCUCGACAGGAGCUCGAAAGCCCUCAGAAUGUGUUUUCUGCCAAGUACGUUCCGUUCUCUCCGGACCAGAAGCCAACUGAGGAGUACUCUCUAGACGAGGUCAUUUACACCAGCAAGGACGGCCUGCUGUUGGACGUGCAGCAUGACUACGAAGCUCUCAAGCGCUACGACGCCGCGUAUUGGAAGAAGCUCUUCGACUCUCGAGUCGGCAAGCACACGUGGCCUUACGGAUCCGGAGUGUGGAGCAAGAAGGAAUGGGUUCUCCCGGAGAUCGACAACGACGACAUCGUGAGCAUGUUCGAGGGCAACUCCAACCUCUUCUGGGCCGAGCGGUACGGCAAGGAGCUCGGCAUGACCGAUCUGUGGGUCAAGCAGUGCGGCAACAGCCACACUGGUUCCUUCAAGGAUCUGGGCAUGACAGUGCUCGUGAGUCAGGUGAAUCGGCUGCGGAAGAUGAACAAGCCGCUCGCAGCCGUAGGAUGCGCUUCCACCGGUGAUACCUCGGCUGCUCUCUCCGCCUACUGCGCUGCUGCCGGCAUCCCCGCGAUCGUCUUCCUCCCUGCUAACAAGAUUUCCCUCGCGCAGCUGGUGCAGCCCAUCGCGAACGGCGCUCUGGUGUUGUCGAUCGACACGGACUUUGACGGGUGCAUGCGGCUGAUCCGCGACGUGACGGCGCAGCUGCCCAUCUACCUCGCCAACUCUCUCAACUCGCUGCGCCUCGAGGGCCAGAAGACGGCCGCCAUCGAGAUCUGCCAGCAGUUUGAGUGGGAGGUGCCCGACUGGGUCAUUGUUCCUGGAGGCAAUCUGGGUAACAUCUACGCGUUCUACAAGGGCUUCUACAUGUGCAAGGAGAUGGGCCUCGUCGACCGCAUUCCCCGCCUGGUGUGUGCGCAGGCAGCCAACGCGAAUCCGCUCUACCUGUCGUUCCAGAAGGGCUUUGAGCAGUUUGAGCCGGUGCGGGCUACACAGACUUUCGCCUCUGCCAUCCAGAUCGGAGACCCCGUCUCCAUCGACCGAGCCAUCUUUGCUCUCAAGGCAUCCAAUGGCAUAGUGGAGGAGGCCACGGAGCAGGAGCUCAUGGACGCCGCAGCAGAGGCGGAUCUCACGGGCAUGUUCAACUGCCCACACACAGGAGUGGCGCUGGCGGCUCUGAAGAAGCUGCGCAGCCGGGGAGUGAUCGGCCCCAAUGAUCGCACAGUGGUGGUCAGCACAGCACACGGCCUCAAGUUCGCUCAAUCCAAGGUGGCUUAUCACUCGAAUGAGAUUCCCGGCAUGGUGUCGACAUUUGCCAACCCUCCUGUGAGCGUGAAGGACAACUUGGGAAGUGUUAUGGAUGCUGCGCCGUUCCGCGUCACUGACGCCUACAAGCCCGUCUGCGGGAGCCUCCCUGCCAACCCUCCUCGCCAUGGCUGGAAGCGGUGGAGCGACCCCAGCACGUGGGGAAAGCAGUCGCUGGUGCCGUGGAAGCACAAGGGUUGGCCGUUCCGCCUGGGCGGGCCUGGGCGUGGGCUGCUGCAGUGGCGGGAUGUGACUGUACCGUGUGGCGCGGCCAUCCUGCUGGAUGUGCCUGAAGUGAGGGUGGGGAAGCUCAAGAUCAAGGGGUGGCUCAAGGUCGUUGACUCGCCCAAGCUCCCCCACAUCCGCGUCAGGGCGCGUUUCAUCCUCGUUAUGGGGCGCUUCACUGCAGGCUCGGCGUCCCGCCAGCUGUCCUCGCGCCUCACGGUCACCCUGCACCCCAACAUGGGAUUCUCGGGCGGCAGGAAGCCGUACAAGCUCCGAAGAGUGCCGCCCGCUGACCCGAGAAAUCCCCGAGACUUGGGUCACAAGGCGUUUGCUGUGGUGGGAGGGCAGGUGGACUUCCAUGGCAUGCCGGGGGGAGCAGACACCCCUUCCUGGGCGCGACUGGCAGCAACAGCAGCAGCGGGGCAGAGGCAACUGGUGGUUGAGGGGGACGUGAGGGGGUGGCGCCCGGGCUUCACUGUUGCUGUGGCGUCCACCAGCACUGACUUUAACGAGGCAGAGAACCGGGAGAUCAAAUCAGUCGCCCUGGUCUCCCCAGCCACCUCCCCUCCCACAUCUCGCAUCACCCUCACAGCACCCCUCACCCACACGCACGAGGGCACAUCCGUGCCGGACGGCUUUGGUGGCACGGUGGACAUCCGUGCUGAGGUGGCUCUGCUUGAUAGGCAGAUCGUCAUUCAGGGCACGGACGAGCCUCCUCCACACCAGUACGACGGCGGUCACUUCAUGGUGUACAUGACUCGCACCCCCCAGGCCAUCGAAGGUGUUCAAUUCCGCGGACUAGGCAACCAAGGCACACUCGGCCGCUACCCGCUCCACUUCCACGUGUGCGGGCUCCCUCUUGACGCAUCUCAGCCGCACAUCGUGCGCAAGAACGCGAUCGUGCACUCGAAGCAACGGUGCAUGGUGAUUCACGCCACCAGCAACAUGACAAUCGAAGACAACGUGACAUACGAGACCAAGGGACACUCUUACUUGGUGGAGGAGGGGUCGGAGAUGGGGAAUCUGUUUCGGAGGAACCUGGGGAUGAGUGUGAGGAGGGUGGAAAAGGCGAUUCCGCCGGACACGACGGACCGGUAUGGGUUUCACACGGACAAGCAGCCGAGCGUGUUCUGGAUGGCCACUCCCUAUAACAGCUUCUAUGGGAACGUGGCUGCUGGGUCUGAGAACAGCGGCUUCUGGCUAGAGGCCAACCCCACCAUGAGGGGUAUCUCGCGCCUGCUGCCUGCCAUCGGCAACAAACGGCCUGACAGGUUCAACUGGGGGGAAUAUGUAGGCAACGUGGCCCACUCCUCCAUCUUUGGCUUCCGCACGUACCCGCAUGGCUCACAGUCCCGCUUCCCUGACUACACUGGCGUGAUAACAUACCUCAAGGACUCUCUCUUCUACCGGAACAAGGCAGGGUGA